AUGGGGAACCACUGGGGGAAAACAGGGCACAGAGUGGCCGAAAGUACAACAACAGGGGCCGAGACUACAACAACAACUACAGACACAACAACCACAACUGCCGAGACUACAACAACAACUACAGACACAACAACCACAGCUGCCGAGACAACAACCACAGCGGGAGACACCACAACCACAACUACAACAACAACUACAGACACAACAACCACAACUGCCAAGACUACAACAACAACUACAGACACAACAACCACAGAGGCCGAGACUAGAACAACAACUACAGACACAACAACCACAGCUGCCGAGACCACAACCAGAGCGGCCGACAGUACAACAACAGGGGCCGAGACUACAACAACAACUACAGACACAACAACCACAACUGCCGAGACUACAACAACAACUACAGACACAACAACCACAGGGGCCGAGACAACAACCACAGCGGGAGACACAACAACCACAACUACGACAACAACAACAGACACAACAACCACAGCUGCCGAGACCACAACCACAACUACAACAACAACUACAGACACAACAACCACAACUGCCGAGACUACAACAACAACUACAGAC